UCUUUCUAGUCAUGAAAUAAUCAUCAGCAUCUCAGCUGUCAGGGAGGUUAUAGAACCGCAGGUCCAGGGAGCGUUUUUUACAUUUAUGACAAGUUUAACCAGAAAACCAGCUCCGACCAAACCUCAUUAUUUCGAUUAUUUAUUUACUUUCUGUUGAGAAGCAGCAGUUGAUCGUCUAUGUGUCUUUUUAAGAAAAUAUUUUAAAGAUGUGGACUUUUCUAGGAGUGGCAACUUUUACAUAUUUGUAUAAAAAAUCCAACCUGGUUCUGUCUUACAUCCCAAAGGAGCUGCUGAUGAUCACAGGCUUGUUUGUGGCAGCUGGGCUGCUGCUGUCUUAUGUCAGGUUCUUCCACGGCCAGAAGCUCACAGUCUUCCAGGUGGUUCAUUUAACUUUCAGCGCCUUGUCCUUCUUACCCCUGGUGAACCACUUAGUCCCUGAAAAAGCCCCACAGAGGAGCAGCACGGCGGAGAACAGCAGGAAAAAGAGUAAGAGGAGACGAGCAGAAGAAACGGAGUCUGCAGCUGAACCCUGUUCUUCAGUCUGUGGGGCCUCUGUGGCCCCGGAGCCGGAGCCGGAUGUGGUGAUCGUUGGGGCCGGGGUGCUGGGCUCGGCCCUGUCCGUGGUGCUGGCCAGGGACGGGAGGAGGGUGACGGUGGUGGAGAGAGACCUGAAGGAGCCGGACAGGAUCGUGGGGGAGCUGCUGCAGCCCGGUGGAUUCAGAGCUCUGAGGGAUCUGGGACUGGAAGCUUCAGUGGAAGGUCUGGAUGCCCACCAGGUGAACGGCUAUGUCAUCCAUGACAUGGAGAGCAGCACCCAGGUGGAGAUCCCGUACCCAGAGGAGGAGGGGCGUGUCCAGUGUGGGCGCGCCUUCCAUCACGGUCGAUUCAUUUCAGGCCUAAGGAGAGCCGUCAUGGCCGAAAAAAAUGUCAGGCUCAUAGAAGGCACCGUGAACAGUUUACUGGAGGAGGACGGCUGUGUGACUGGAGUCCAGUACAGAGACAAAGACAGCGGAGAGCUGAAGGAGAUCCACGCCGCGCUCACCGUGGUGGCCGACGGCUGCUUCUCCAAGUUCAGGAAGAGCCUCGUUCCCGGGAAGGCCAAGACAACCUCACACUUUAUCGGAUGUCUGAUGAAGGACUGUCCGCAGUUCAAAGCCAACCAUGCGGAGCUGGUGCUGGCCGACCCCAGCCCGGUGCUGAUCUACCAGAUCUCCUCCUCUCACACCCGGGUGCUGGUGGACAUCAGGGGGGAGCUGCCUCGCAACCUGUCCGAGUACAUGGCGGAAAAAAUACACCCACAGCUGCCAGAGCACCUGAAAGAGCCCUUCAUGGUGGCGCUGCAGAACGACAGACUCCGGUCCAUGCCCAGCAGCUUCCUCCCUCCCUCCCCCGUCAACAAACCAGGCGUGCUGCUGUUGGGUGAUGCCUACAACAUGAGGCACCCUCUGACGGGGGGAGGGAUGAGUGUCGCCCUCAAUGACGUCCGGAUCUGGAGGGGUCUGCUGAAGAACAUCCCAGAUCUGUACGAUGACUCCGCCCUGCUGCAGGCAAAGAAAAAAUUCCACUGGGAACGCAAGUCAUCCCAUUCUUUUGUGGUGAACGUGUUGGCGCAGGCUCUGUACGAGCUGUUUUCAGCCACCGACAGUUCUCUUCAUGAGCUCAGAAAGGCCUGCUUCCAGUACUUCAAGCUGGGUGGAGAGUGUAUUUCUGGGCCCAUCGGACUUCUCUCUGUGCUGACACCGAAGCCCAUGACCCUCAUUGGACACUUCUUUGCGGUGGCGCUCUACGCGAUCUACUUCGCCUUUAAGUCUGAAUCCUGGAGCACCAAACCUCGAGCUGUGUUCAAGAGCGCGGCCAUCCUGUACCGAGCGUGCACGGUCAUGUUCCCGCUCAUCUACUCUGAACUCAAACACCUGCUUUACUGACUGAGGAGCCGAGCGCACGGACGCACAAGGGUUUGUGGUCUGAGACCCCCUGGCAAAAAUGUAUCGCCUUGGAGGGGAUUAUUCCUUUUUAUGUGAAUCGUUUUUACUGAAAUUUAACAAAAUAUUCCAAUUGUUGGUGUUUUAAAGUGGACCUCAACUCCACAAAGCCUUGGUGAAGCCGUUUGUGCUUAAAAAAAUGUGCCUGUCUGCAGGAGACAUGCCUUAGCUCAGGAAUUUGCCUUUUAGGCUAACAGAGUAUUACAGUGAUGAAGAAAGCACAUAAUAGGAUGUCAGACGGUACGGCAUCAAAAUCAUGUUUAUUCUGCAUUUUAAACGUGUUUUUCAGAGUAUUUUUUAUCCUUUUGCUGUGCAAAAUAUCCAAUGAACUCUAUUUUUAAAAGACUUUGUUCUCCAAUGUAAAUAGUAGUUUCUAUUCCUGGGAGGAAUCAUAAAUAUGACCUGGCCCCUGUAUGAAGCUCAGGAGGUUCUUGUCCCGCGCUGACAGGGCCUUGUGUGAUGCCUUCUGUCUGCAUUUGCAGGUUAGAAUGGAAAUAAAUGUCAUUGGAAGAGGCUGGAAGAA